CGACACCACCAUUAAUACUAAUAUAUAUAUACUAUGCAUGUCAUUCUCUCAAAAAAUGUGUAUUAGAAUGUCACAAAUAAUUGAUACAGGAUCAUCAUCCGAGUAGGAGUAUCAAAGAAGCAAAGACAAGAAAAAAAGAAAAAUGAAGAAGAAGCUGAAUUUGAUACUCAAGAAAUGCAAGACAUUGUCUAGGCAAUUGGGCAGGACUUCAUCUUAUAGCAGCCUCCGGUCGGAAUCCGCCGCCGCCACCAGCCACCAUCAUCACCGCCUGGAUACAUGGGGUUCUGAUGCUGCUGCACAAAUGAUGAUAUUUCAACAUCAUAAUAAUGACCAUGGAGGAGAAGAUCACGAUGAUGAUUGUGAGACCAUUUUUGUUGGGAGUUCAAGGAGGAGGUUCUUGAUUAAGUCCAGGUACUUGGACCAUCCUUUAGUGAAGGCCAUCAUUGAGAAAUCUGAUGAUCAAUGUAGGCGGAUGAGGAGUGGCCGGCGGCGGCUGCACGGCGGUGAUCAGGAGGAGGAGGAGGAGGAGGAGGAAGAAGGCGGUUUGAUGGUGGUGAAGUGUGAGGUGGUGCUGUUUGAUCAUUUGUUGUGGAUGCUUGACAAUGCCGAUUCCAAUCUACUUCCCUCUGGUGACAAUUUGUCUUUGGAUGAACUUGCUGAUCUCUAUUUGUUUUGAUUAUUAUUCAUUUCUUACAAUUUGUCAUUUAUCUUAGAUAGUGAACUAAUAAUAAUGAUAUUAAUUGUAAAUUUCAUUUUUGUUCAUUUAUCAUUGUGUGAAUUCAUAUACGCCCUCUUACCCUCACCAAUUUUAUGUAUAUGAAUUCAUAUUUAUUGUUAGAAGAAAAAAGAAACAUAUUUGUAUUAGCUUCUGAAAGGCAAAGUUGUGAAUUAUUAUUAUUUUUUUCUAAUACAGCUAUAACCGGAAGAAAAAUGCCAAUUAUUUCUUAACUUUUCUAUAAAAAAACUAUCAAUAUAAUUCCAUUAUUACCAUUACAACUAUGGUGGCAGUCACUGGCGGAACCAAUUAACCUAAGGAGCCUUCCGGUUGGGCGUAUGCGAGUCCUCCCCACCCCCUUAAGAGUUUUGUCACCG